AUGCCAAUCAUCGCUAACCUGCUCAAGAAGUUCAAGAGCACCAAGAUGAGCUCCAAGAGCCCCAAGAGCCCGGCCACGAAAGCAGUGCCGGCCAUGAACAUCUGGACCCACCGUCUGCCCGGAACCUCAUGCACCCCAUCAGAUGCCAAAUUCGACGACAAGGUGCACAAGUACGAGGCCCGUCAGAAGAAGGCCGAAGAAGAGAGAAGAGAGCGGCGGGCUCUCCGCCGGCAGAACCAGUCGCUCGGAUUGCACAACAACCUGCUGGCCCUGGAGAAUCGGCAGCUGAACUGCGAGAAGCAGACUUUGAAGGCCGAGAAGAGGGAGGUGACGGAGAAGAAGAACGAGAUGGCGAGGAGACUUCGGAAGCAGAAGAGGAUCAGCGAGUACUACAGAAGAAGACUGGUCGAGAUUCAGCAGAAGGAGGCGGCCGAGCAGAACGACCACUCCAAAUGA